CGAAGCUGCGAAACAGGAAGCUAAAAAAAAGGGGGGGAGGAAAAAAAAAACCCUGUCAACUGAAGCUCACGUAGGUACGGUCGCGCCUCACAUUUUAUCGUGGGUUUGUCUUCCAGGCUGACGGAGUCGUGAUAUCUGGUCGCUGCUGAAAAGGCAACAUGGGAUGCUUCUUCUCGAAGAAAUCCAAAAGAAAGUCGGUGGAGAAGGAGAACCUCACACCGACAACGACGAGUCCUGAUUCUGCAGGUAAUUCGGUUCCCCUUGGCAACAACACCGACGAGGCUCCGAAGCAGUACAGCUGGGACAAGAGGGAAAAGGUUGACCCCAAGGAUUACACUCUGACUGGACUCAAAGACGUCACCGUGGGCCGGCUGCCUGGGACGCUGAAUGGCAAGCCGUUUGUCAUCCAAGACUGCGUGAACUGCAACAUCUUCGUCUUGGACCACUCGGCGACCAUCAGCAUCGACGACUGUGUCAACUGCCGCAUCGUCUUCGGGCCCGUGAAGGGCAGCGUGUUCUUCAGGGACUGCAAAGACAUCAAGUGCGUGGUGGCCUGCCAACAGUUUCGCGCGAGGGACUGUAAAAAGAUGGACGUCUUCCUGUGCUGCGCCACCCAGCCCAUCAUCGAGUCCUCCACGGGAAUGAAGUUCGGCUGCUUCCAGUACUACUACCCGGAGCUGGCCUUCCACUUCAAGGAUGCUGGGCUGAGCAUAUUCAACAACAACUGGAGCAACAUCCACGACUUCACGCCCGUGUCUGGGGAGAACAACUGGAGCCUGCUGCCGGAAGACGCAAAGGUGGCGGACUUUGUGCCAGCGCCCGACCCGGAGUCCGAUUUCAAGUCCGUCCGGAUCUCUACUGAGACCGACCGGAGCAUCGUGCCUUUAACGAAGGGAGGCAGGCGGAAAGACAGCGAGGAGUCCUGCCUCUUCGUUUUCUUUGCCGGGGACUACACCACUGCAAAUGCCCGGAAACUGAUCGAUGAGGCCACUUCUAAAGGAUUUGUGCUUGUCCAGACUAAGGAGGUCUCUAUGAAGCCUGAGGAUGCAAGGCGUGUGUUUCAGAACAGCGCAGAUGACCUUGUGGAGUGGAUCAACAAGGGCCCGGUCACUGCCCUGGAGCUGAACGGUGAUGGAGCAGUGGAAGCAUGCAAGACCAUCGCCAGCGAGGUUUUUAGUGGCACUAAGAUUUUUGUUUCAGACAAUAAAAAUACGUCAACCCGAGAUGUCGACAGCUUCUUCAACUUUGCCGACAUGCAGAUGGGUUUGUAAAUAAGUCGGCCGUUAAACAAGCUGCCUGAGCUGAUUGAGAUUCCUUUUUACGGGGUGAAAGACGGGAGUGGAAAAUUCUGCGCACCGUUUGAUGUUGCCUUGGAUCGAAUGAGUCAGUUUUCACAAUCACAUGAAAAAGUUAUUCAAUUUUUUUGUUUUGUUUUUUUAAUGCCGAGGGAAGAAAAGGCUGCAAACCACUCGAAUGUUAGUUCCUAAGAGUGCUGUGAUUAUUUAUGUUUCUGUGAAUGUAUUUUGCAACUCUGCUUUUAUCUUUUGUGAAUGUAGCUGUUUCUAUAGAUGUGCUUUUUUUAUUUAAAAUGUUACUUUUUCUGAUUUGUAGGAUAAAGGAGAGCAAAUGAGGGUGGGAGGUAACACGAGUUCAACCAUAUUGUUUCUCUUAGAAUUAUGUGUGUUUUGUGGUUUAAAUACUGGAUUUUUCUCUGUUCAAAAUGUGUAUAUAAAAAUGUGCUGUAUAGGUGAUGACCAUGUUUAGGUUAGGUUUAGGUUAGGCCCAAACCAGGUUGUGAAAAGUUGAUUUUAAGUUACCAUAUCUGUUUUCGCCAACACAUAAACACAGAAGAGAGGCUGGAUUUUUAAAGUAGGCAACUUGUUGUUUUUUUUUUUACAUAUCUAUUUUUUAUAUGCAUUACUGGACUUUUUUGUAUAGAAAAAAAAUUAUCAACUAUAUAUGAAUAUGUAUUUUGUAAAAUGUUAUUUUGUAAGAUGACUGAAAGAAAAUUUCUGUUUCUUCUUCACAACUUUAAAGGUUGAAAAAAGGAAUGUCUAAAGAAAUAUUUGCAUAGUUACUCAGCCUGAUAACAAAUGUGGUAAAAAAAAAAAUAGACGCUCGUUAAAAGGGAAAUGCUCUUCUUCCUCUUUGUGAAUUUGUCUUCUUUUUUUGUUCAGAGCCUCUAAAGGUCAAUUUAAAGAGACUGAAACUGCAAGCACACUAGUUGAUUCACUAUUGUUGAUUAAUUAUUUACUAUUAGUCCAACUAAAUUGGUUUACUCUCUCUCUUCUGGAUGAUGAGUUUAUGAGUUGGAGUUUUUGCUCGUGGACAAAAACAAAUCCUCCGUAAUUCACAUGUAUUCCACUGACAUGAAUCAUACGUCUCAUUAUAAACUGAUGACCUUGUUUACAGACUUCACUUCACCCAGUGCGAUAUAAAAAAACAACAAAAAAAGAACAGCAUAUAAAUCAUUAUAUGUCACCUGUUUUUUUUUAAUCAUCAUUUCUGAUUUAUCUGUUUUUAUAGUCACUUCUAUGAACACCCAUAAAAACAUGCCAUGUGAAAUUUGUCAAUUUAUUUGUAUCUGUAUAUGGAUUUUUAUUUCUAGAAAGUAUGUAACUAUGACCUUUAUGAAAUGCCAGAUUCAUAUUAAAAUCCAUAGAUUAAAUUA